UUUCAGCGUUAAAAUAUUAAAAAAAUUAAAUAACGUAAUGAUAAAAAUCGCUGUUUUCUUAACCUUUAUCUUUUGCAUUAUUAAAAUAAAUUCGGCAAUAGAAAAUGGAAAAUCUGUAGCUGUUGAUGAUUUUUCUACUUUAAUACGUGCUAAGCGUUCAUGGCCUUCUGAUGUGCCUGGACUAGAGGAUUGUUUUGGAAAAUAUAAGUAUGACGAUUGUAAACACCGGAUGGAAUGUUGCGAGAAGCACCAUUCAACAAGCUGUACAUGUUAA